CUUUUGGUACCUUAAGGUAGCUUUCAUUUACAACCUUCCUCUGAUCAUGGAGGAGAUUUGUUGGAAUAUGCAAAUGAUGCGCUCCUGCUGCUUCUGUGUGGCUUUUUUCUUAAAAACGAAUCACGUUUUUGGACAGAUAACGCUUCUCCCUUCCAGAUUUCUACCUGGCAUAAAACACCCCCAAAUAUCGACGAACUCUCUCAAACAUCACGUUAGUUCUGUAUCGGUCUUUUAUCUUGUAAGAUGACAAAACAAAACAUCACUCAAAAGCCGUGGUACGAUAAUGGCAAGCAAUUCAAGGACCCGAAACCGCGUUUGGAGUGGGACGAAGUCACAGAGUGGGAGGAGGCGAAUCUCUGCAACAAGAUAACCAUUUUCCACUUGCCCCUCGAGUGCCCAUUUCCUCUCACCAACAGACGAAAUGCUUGCGCCCUGAUCGAAAAUUUCCUAGACGCCGUCAAAUACCACAGGCACCUAUUUCCCUACUGGCGCAGGCGCGCCAUCAAGUACUUCAUCUGGCGUGAAUGGUUCGUCAUCAGCAACAACGAUGAGUGGAAGGAUUACAAGAACCACCCCUUAUACAAGAAUCGUGGCACGCUCAGGGCCUUGGCAAAGAAGACGUUUGAGAAUACAAUGGGACUUGCUUCUGCUUUGUUGUUCGUCCUCCACGGAAUCUACACCAAUGACUGGGAACUCGAGUUCCUGUUGAAGGGACAGAAGAAACUCAUCGAUACAUACAACAUGUGUAAUACCAAUAUGACGUGGUGGAACAGGGAUGAAAUGCUCGACAUUCUGUUCAUUGAGUGCGAAUGGCUCAAAGACACGCUUCUCGAAGCGCACAUGAAGGAGAAGAAGGAGAUAGAUGAAGAGUGGGAGCAUAGACAAACAAAGACACUCGAAGAAAUGGAGGCUUUUAUUGAUGAGACACCAGAGCCUAUGGAUGAGGAUGAGAAUUUCGAUGAUAACGGUAACGCUCAAAACAACGCUCAAAAUAACGCUCAAAACAAUAUUCAAAACAAUAUUCAAAAUAACGCUCAAGGUAUCACUCAAGGCAACGCUCAAAAUAAUACUGAAAACAACACUCAAGAUACCACUCAGGGUAACACUCAGAAUAAUACUCAAAAUAACACUCAAGGUAUCGCUCAAGGCAACAUUCGAGGCAACAUUCAAGGCAUCACUCGAGGUUAUACCCAGGGUAUCGAUCAAGGCAACGCUCAAGGCAUCGCCCAGGGUAUCGAUCCAUGGGACGUUCCUAUCACCAUGGGUAUGAAUCAAUGGGGUGCUCAAAGUUUCGCCCAGCAAUUCGAGCAGUGGGCUCGAAGGGUUGACAAGGAUCUCCAUCGAUGGGACGCUCAAUGUUAUGCCCAAGGUAUCAAUCAAAGUCUUAUUCAAAGUCUGGCUCAAAUUCUCAAUUUAGAGCUAGAGGACGCACAGGAUAUCGCUCAAAGUCGCGCUCAGGAUAUCACCCAAGGUAAAGCUCGAGGUAUUGCUCAAGAAAAGGCCCGACAACGCCGCACUCAACGUCGCGCUCAAAUUCGCGCUCAGGGUCGCACUCAAGACAAAGCUCGAGGUAUUGCCCGAAACAACACUCAACGUAUCGUUCAGUAUUUCGAUCGGGACAUCGCCCAAGAUAUCAUUCAGAAUCUCCCCCCGGGUAACACUAAAAAAAGUGUUAAAGCUUUCAUGAAAGGCGUCUAUCAAGAGCUCGCUCAAGGUAUCGCUCAAGACAAGGCUCAACAACGUCGCACUCAACGUCGCGCUCAACGCAUCGCUCAGGAGAACAUUCGAGAGACCACUCAAAACACUACCCAGGAGAAUGACCAAGAAGGAGCUCAGAACAACGCCCAAGAUCUCAUUGCAACGACUCCUCAUCAUCAACGAAUAGACUCACAGGCUCCUGAAAGGCCAGUCAAUCGCGCUGUUCCACCUAUAGACCCACCUCAUGCCCGUUCAGCAUGCCUAGUCGACAAUGAUGAGGAUAUCUAUGGUAAUAGUGGAGACGAGGAUGAUAAUACUAAAAAACAAUAGUGAAACUGCCGUUGAGGCUUCUGCUGCAUAAAUAAAACCGUCCUUGGAGUAACGUUUACACGGCAGCCUUAGUUAUAUGGCUCAUGCAGAGGAUCUAGGAGCUCUCAAGAAUUGCAUAUGGCGCUAAAGUCAAUGUCAAGCAACAUACGAAGGCGAGUGUUGGGAAGAAUAUUGAUAGUAAUAGGAGGGUUAGGCGGAUGCUGAUGAGAAUGCUGAGGGCAAUGCUGGGUGUAAGAGCAGCGAUAAGGAGAAAGUCGAGGACGAGAACAGGAUUACGUUAGGGGCAAGAUUG